AUGACCGGACAAUCGAAGCAUUCAAAACAACGUGCCGAAAAACCGCGAGAUGUCUACGUGACGAAUCAAGAACGCCAUCAGGCGCCGUCGCCGAUGCAACUUGCCACGUGGAAAUUCUCGCCGCUUCGCAAGGAAAAGUACAAUGCUCACUCGGUGGCUGACGCCUUUGACGCCUACCAACACCGUCUGCAGGUCAAAAUGUGGGCGGAGCCAAAGUGGGCGGAGCCAAAAAUCACAACCACUCGGAUCCAUCAACGGACCCAUACGCACAAGAAACACGUCACCAUCGACGGAACGGCAACUGAAAUAAUCGACAAUUCGCGCCCAAAACUGGCAAAAAUCCGUUUGACGAAUCGACGAAACGACGAGGUCAAAAUUGACAAUGUCACGACGGCGAAGACGAUUUCAGAAGAAGAGAUUCAUGAUGAGAAUGACGUCGUCAGAAUUCAGAAGACGUCGUCAAAACUUCAGAAGCCCGGAUUCUAUGGGACCAUUGAAGCCGAACUGUGUGCUGAGCAAGCGGCCGCCCAUUUAUCGUUGGCUGUGGAAAAUUUGGAACGUCUUCAGUUUGUCACCGACGCCGUCUAUCCUCAGACGGCACAGCAUUUGAAACGCCUUCACGAAAUUGACGACGACGUGAAAGAUUUCAAUAGUCAGAUGAGAAGACGUCGUGUGAAAGUUCCCACGUCGGCCGGCACGACUAAACAGAUUGCUCAUUUUAUCAUCAAUGAGAAUAACUAA